AUGGUGGGCACAUGGUUAACCAACUCAGUCUCACCAAAGCUUCAAGCAAGUAUCAUUUAUGAAGACACUACCUUAGAGAUCUGGAAAGAUUUGAAGAAUCGUUUUGCUCAAACCAAUGGACCAAGGGUUUUCAAUCUUCAAAAGGAAAUUGCAGAACUUCAUCAAGGUGAGAUGUCUGUCACUGAUUUCUUUGCUCAGUUAAAGGUGUUUUGGGAUCAAUUGCAAAACCUUAGUCCAUUUCUUUCAUGCACUUGUGGAAAAUGUGUUUGCAAUAUUAACAAGUGGCUCACUGAUUUACAAGUUAGAGAGUCUGUGAUGAAGUUUUUCAUGGGAUUCAAUGAUUCUUUCUCCCAAGUUAGGACUCAAGACUUGCUUAUGGAUCCAAUUCCAUCUCUUAGUAAGGUUUACUCUUUGUUAAUUCAAGAGGACAUACAAAGAUCAGUUCCUAAUGCUUCUAUUGCUAAGGUUGAUUCCACUGUUUUAGCUGCCAAAACGUCAAAUGAUAAUCAUGGUACAAAUCUUGCAAGUACUAGUUCUGGUGGUAAAGGCAAGGACAGACCAGUUUGCACUCAUUGUGGCAAGACUGGUCACACAGUGGAUAAAUGCUAUAAAUUGCAUGGUUUUCCACCAGGGUUUAAGUUCAAGAACAAACCCUCCGUGGCACAUCAAGUCUCUUCAGAAUUCUUGCCUCUUGCUUCUUCAAUGCAUCACCAGAAUUCUGCCUUCACACUUGAACAAUGCCAACAACUUCUUGCUUUGUUUGGUGCUUCAAACUCAUCUCUUGCAGUACCAUCUCAGGCAAAAGAAACCUCAAUGGCUAAUGUGGCAUCUUCCAAUUUUGCAAGUGUGCCAAUGACAGUUGAUUUGUUAACUUCAAUUAUUACUACUUUGCAAUCCUUGGUUCAAUUGCCUAAUGGGGAAUCAGCACAAGUCACUCACAUUGGCACUGUUAUUCUUUCUUCUUCCCUCACUCUCACUAAUGAUCUUUUAUCUUGGAAAACGAUUGGGGUGGGUAAGGCAGUUGAUGGCUUGUACUUGUUGCAGUGUGACAGUCUCCAGCAUACUCCUACUUCUUCACUUGCUGAUUUCUUGAUCAAUCACAAGUUCAAUGAUGCUUUUCAUCCUUUCUCUGCAACCACUACUGUAUCUUCUCAAUCUUCUUCUCUUUGGCAUGCAAGAUUAGGUCAUCCUUCAGACCUUAAACUUAGAGUUCUAAGUCAUGUUAUCCCUUCUUUACAUUCAUCUUGUAAUAAGGAUUGUCAAGUUCCUUAUUCAACUCCUACUUUAGAUGGUUUCAAAUACUUCUUGACUAUUGUAGAUGAUGCAACCCGAGCCACUUGGGAUGUUGUGUUUCAUGAAUCUGUCUUUCCUUAUGCUUCAUCUUCAAGUGGUUCUACUUCUUCCUCUAUUUUGCCUUUACCUUGUGCUCCUCCUAUUUCUACUUUGCUUGAUGAUCCUCUUAUGUCCAAGCCUAGUUCUUCUACCCUUCCCCAUGAUUCCAUCAUUCAAGUUCAUUAUACCAUUAAUGAUGAUUUUCUUGAUGACAUGCCAGAAGAACCACCUGAACCUAUUGCAGAUCCUAUUCCACUUAGAAGGUCUUCUAGGUCCAUCAAAAAGCAUAUCAACCAUGUCUCUUCUGUCAUGCCUAUUCCUUCCCCUCAUUCAGCUGUGUCUGAUCCCAAAUGGCAAGAAGCCAUGGUUGCUAAAACAGCAGCUCAUAAGGCUAAUAACACAUGGACCUUGACCCAUUUGCCUGCUGGUAAGAAGCCCAUUGGCUGUAAGUGGGUUUACAAAAUUAAGUACAAAGCAGAUGAUUCUAUUAAGAGGUACAAAGCCAGGAAGCAUGGUGACAUUUUAAUGGUUCUUUUGGUGUAUGUGGAUGAUGUUUUGAUAGCUUGCAAUGAUAAAGUUGAGAUAGACAAGUUUAAGGUCAUAUUAGAUGAUAAAUUUAAGUUAAAAGACUUGGGUGAUUUAAAGUAUUUCCUUGGAUUGGAGGUUGCUAGAUCAGACAAAGGGAUUGCUCUUUGUCAAAGGAAAUACACACUUGAGCUGCUUAAAGAUGCUGGAUUGCUUGGGUGUAAAUGUGCUAAAACACCUAUGGAGCAAAAUCUAAGGUUAAGCAAAUUUGAGGGAGAAGAGCUCAGGGAUCCUAGUGACUACAGAAGGCUGAUGGGGAUGAUCAACAUACAUACACCAGCUGCUCUUGAGGGGGAGUAUCAGAGUAAAGAUGAGACUAGCAAGAUCAAGGAGCAAGAGCAGGAAGGAAGAAUGUUGAUCAAGUCAGAACAGAGUAGUAAAACGACAGCUUAG